AUGCCAACCCGCGGAUUGGGAAACAAUAGCGGGCCAUGGCGCUACCUAGCUGGAGGUAGCCUUGCAGUUGCCAUUACCACUGUGUUUAUGAUGCGGCGUCACCCAGCCUCUCUGCUGGUGUCCACAGGUGACGCGGCAGCCCUUGGCAAGCUAUGGAACAGUGCAACCGAGUUCAUGCUCUCAGUCCCGCCCGAGUCAGAGCACGUGGUCCUCGUCCCGAGGGAACAGGCCAAGGGGAAGACCGUCAAGAAGAUUCCUCAGUACUUUGCGAGCCACGUCGUGUUCGCCCUGACAGCAUUCGAUCCUCCUGGUCAAAGCCGAAGUCUCGAGGUGAACACCAGAGAGAACGGCAGAUUGUUCCAGAAGCUGUCGGAGCUGCGGUCUGAGGGGCGGGUCACGGCCAUUUGGCCCGCUUUCGGGGUCCACGUUGUUGAGAAGUGGCGUGAGGACGGGUUUUGCGUGGCCUUCUCCCGGUCAGACGCAGCAGCUGGCCGGAGCGCCAUCAUGGCGAUCGCCACCGCCUUCGGGCAAGGCGCUGUGUACGAGUACACGGCAGCUACUUCAUCUUUGGACCGCGAAUGGGAGCUCCUCCGGCAUACCGUGCCUGCGGUUUCUGGGCCAGAAGUCGCUGGGACGGAGAAGAUGGUCAGGGUGGAGACAGGGCCUCCGAUUGAGGGAACUGCGCUCGAUCGCCCAUGGGCGGGGCCCGAAGGAUGGCACUAG